AUGUCGCCUACUGCGUACCCCUCCUUGAAGCAACUCACCGACCUCCUCCAAAACGGCACGCACGUCCCGGCGACACUCACCUCCCCUUCCUCCUCGACCUAUCCCUCCACCUCUCACCCCGCCCCUUCGGUUGAGGCAGAGCGCCCGAACCUGGUGCCGGUGUAUAUCGAGCUCCCGGCCGAUCUGCUCACGCCCGUUUCGGCAUACCUCAAGAUUGCGGCCGAGAGCGAACAUAGCUUCUUAUUGGAGAGUAUCGUCAAUGGGGAGAGUGUCGCGCGGUAUAGCUUUGUCGGAUCAGACCCUUUCAAGACGAUCCGGACGGGUGAAGGGUUCGAUGUUGCCGGCGACCCCUUAGCUGCGCUGGAGCAGGAGCUCAAGCCAUAUCGCUAUGUCGCUCUGCCAGAGAUCACCACUUUCACCGGCGGUGCCGUUGGUUUCAUAACCUACGACGCCAUCGCACACUUUGAACCCACCACCAAGCCCCAAACGCCCCUCCACAACCCCCUUCCCGGCCUCCCCGAGGCAUUCUUCAUGCUCACCUCCACCCUGGUCAUAUUCGACCACAUCUUCCAGACCGUCAAGCUCGUAUCGCACGUCCACGUCCCGGACGGCUCGGACCCCUCUGUCGUACCUCAACUCUACAGCGAGUGCGUCUCGCGCUUGACGGCCCUUCGGAGGCGGCUCGAAUCGGACGUGACACCGUCGCCGAAACAGGGACCCAUCAAGCUCGGCGGGGAGACCAAGAGCAAUGUUGGAAAGGCGGGAUACGAGCAGUUUGUGACGACCUUGAAGGAACAUAUCGUCAAGGGCGAUAUCAUCCAGGCUGUCCCGAGUCAGCGACUCUCGCGGCCGACAUCUCUGCACCCAUUCAACAUCUACCGGCAUCUCCGGCGGGUCAACCCUAGUCCCUACAUGUUCUAUCUGAACUGCGGUGACGUCCAGGUGAUUGGGGCGAGUCCCGAAUGUCUGUGCAAAGUGGAGAAUAGGAAGGUGUUUAAUCAUGCUAUCGCGGGGACUGUGCGGAGAGGGAAGACAGCAGCAGAGGACCACGAGCUCGGCCAGGGUCUGCUCGCUUCUGAAAAGGACCGAGCGGAGCACCUCAUGCUGUGCGAUCUGGCGAGAAAUGACGUCCACCGAGUCUGCAAGCCAGAGACUGUCAAGCUGGACGAUCUCAUGAAGCUCGAAAAGUUUAGUCAUGUCAUCCACCUCACGUCCCAGAUCAGCGGCGAGCUCAGGGACGAUCAGUCAAGAUUUGACGCAUUCCGCUCAAUCUUCCCGGCGGGCACGGUCUCUGGUGCGCCCAAAAUCAAGGCGAUUCAGCUGGUGGGUGGGCUGGAAAAGGAGAAGCGGGGCGUGUAUGCCGGUGCAGUCGGCCGGUUCGACUGGGCGAAUGACUCGCUGGAUACCGCGAUUGCCAUUCGGACAAUGACGUAUAAGGACGGCGUGGUAUAUCUGCAGGCUGGCGGAGGCAUCGUAUUUGACAGCGACGAAGCGGAGGAGUAUCAAGAAACCAUCAACAAGCUCGGCGCCAACGUCAAGUGUAUUGACGAGGCGGAAAGUAAGUUUCCUCUGGUAUACCUUACCUGUACAAACCGCUGA